CGCGUGCGCUCCCCAGAACAACGCACCAGUUGACAGCGCUAGACACAGGUCGCGAAAAUGGCCUGCGCACUAACGAGAAUAACAAGAACAAUUUUUAAAUUCGCACUCGUGUUGCUCCUGGCGAAACCGUGUACAUCAACCCCACAGUUGGAUCUCCCGCCUAUAUCCAGCACCCAAAGAUACAACAAUGGAUACGGGCUAUCCAGUACGCAAUCGUCGAUAAACUCCCCCGGGAACCAGUACGAUAUCCAAAAUCAGAACUUCGGGUUUAGCACAGUCAGACCUUCAAAUCCGAGCACUCCCGGAGUGUUCCCAGUGUCAUCUACCUUUAGAGGGAUUAAUCCUGAUAUCAACAACAAUGGAUAUCCUAAUGUUAAUUACGGGACUGGCAAUCCCAGUUCCACAUUACGGCCGUUCGAUGAGACCAACCGUGAUGAUAGAAUAGACAUCAACAAUGAUCCGAACUUCAGAAGAAAUGACCCAAAUUUCGCUCGGAACGACCCUAGUUAUGCUGGGGCUAAUCCGUACGAUUUCAACCGGGGUGUGACUAACAGCAUAGAUGAUAGGUUCCACCAAGUGAAUCUACAGCAAGUGAGGGACUUUCUGCUGAAGGCUGAUGACCAGGCGUCCAAGGAGUGCACCAACAAUGUGGCGGCGCAGUGGAACUUCGAGACUGAUGUUAAUGAUGCAACUCAACAUGCAGCUCUGGACGCCCAGCAGCGCUACACCCUCUUCCAGCGAGGUCUAUGGGAGGCUGCGCAGCAAGUGCCUAGAGGAGCCAUCAGGGACUACUCCACCUUCAGGCAGCUGCGGCUCCUGUCCAUUAUCGGACCUUCUGCUUUGCCGCCGGACCAGUUGGACAGGUACAACCGUCUCAUCAACGACAUGCUAGCGGUCUACAACACAGCCGAGAUCUGCGCGUACAACGAGCCGUUCAAGUGUGGGCUUCACCUCCAGCCCGAGCUACAGUUCCUCAUGUCCCACUCCAGGGACUGGGACGAGCUGCAGCACGUCUGGACCGAGUGGAGGAGGAACACCGGGAGACGGAUCCGGGAUCUGUAUGAACAGCUGGUGGACUUGACUAAUCAAGCGGCUAGGUUGAAUAAUUUCACUGAUGCUUCAGCCUAUUGGAUGUUCCCUUAUGAAACUGUCAACAUGAGACAAGACGUUGAAGAGGUUUGGGAACAGGUGAAACCUCUAUACGAGCUCCUCCAUGCCUACGUACGCAGACGCCUGCGCGAAUCCUACGGUCCUGAGAGAAUAUCCCGGUCAGCCCCCAUCCCAGCUCAUGUGCUCGGAGACAUGUGGGGACAGAGCUGGUCGGGUAUUGUGCCCUUCACGCUGCCGUACCCUGGGAAGACCCUGGUGGAUGUGACUCCAGAGAUGGCUCAGCAGGGCUACACUCCCCUCACGGUCUUCCAACUAGCGGAGGAGUUCUUCGUGUCCAUGAAUAUGUCGGGCAUGCCUCCAGACUUCUGGGCGCUCAGUGUGCUGGACCAGCCGGCAGAUAGGCAUGUGCACUGCCAGCCUUCUGCGUGGGACUUCUGCAAUAAACACGACUACCGCAUCAAGAUGUGCACCCACGUGGACAUGAAGGACCUGGUGACAGCCCACCAUGAGAUGGCGCACAUCGAGUACUUCCUGUCGUACAGGAACCAGCCCAAGGUGUUCAGAGAUGGAGCCAACCCUGGUUUCCAUGAAGCAAUAGGCGAGGCCAUCGCGCUCUCAGUAGCCUCCCCUCGCCACCUCCAAACCCUGGGCCUCGUCCAGAAGUCGGUUGACGAUACAGCCCACGACACCAACUACCUGUUCACUCAAGCCAUGGAUAAGCUGGCCUUCCUGCCCUUCGCCCUGGUGAUGGACCGGUGGAGGUGGGACGUAUUCACUGGGGACAUCAGGAAGGAGCAAUACAACUGCCAUUGGUGGAGACUCAGGGAGCAGUACCAAGGCAUCAAGCCUCCAGUCCUGAGAUCCGAGCUGGACUUCGAUCCUGGCUCCAAGUACCACAUUCCGGCGAACAUCCCGUACAUAAGGUAA